AUGGCGUCCAAGGUGCUCGCGCUGUUCCUCGCUGCCAGCCUCCUCGUGUUAGGGGUGGCUACCGCCGCACGGACCCGGCCGGUGGCGGCGAUGUCCGCGACGGCACCGCCGGCGCGCUACUCCGUCGUCAAGGGGCUCGUCGACGCCGAGGCCGCCGCCUGCCUCUGCACCGCCGUCAAGGUCGCCGUCGGCGUCCCCCGGCCUGCUCCCAGUGGCAGCGUCCCUCUCGGCUUCGAUUUCGUCCUCAACAACUGCGGCAGGAAAGCGCCCGCCGAUUUCACGUGCUAA